AAUGACUUAAAUGUAAAUGUAAUACUGUCAGUGUAUAAAUAACUUUGAAAUUGAAUCUAGGCCUCCAUAGUUUCAGCCACCCUCCACUCCCCCUUUCUUCCUGCUAACAUUACUCACCCCGGUUACCACUUUCAAGUUACAUUUGGCAUAACGUUACAAUUUCGCAUGCACAAUUGCAUUUUAAUCACAGAUCUUUCUGUUCUGUCUCUUAAAUGCAGGAAAUGGAGAGAAGAUUAGAAAAGUUUAGGAUCAGCCAGAAAGAGAAACUGUCCAGUAAUAAUUCUACACGGUCACCAUUGAAGACGGCCAUCGUGAUCCAGGACGACUCCCCCCACGCAGCGCCUCCGCCCCAGAUCCGCAUUCUGAAGAGGCCCUCCAGUAACGGGUUGCCCCAGGGCCAGAACCGUCCCGCGCCACAGGUCAAGUCCCUGGCCCAGCGGGAGGAGGCAUACGCGAAGGCCAGGAAGAGAAUACUAGGCAGCGCCAGCCGUGAAGAGUGGCCUCAGGAAAAGCUGAAUGCAGACGGGUAAAUAAAUACCUUAUGCAGGCUGUUACCAGUUGACAGUGCAGGGCAAAAUGGUGUACACUGCACAGCUGCCAUGAUACAAUUGUUAAUCUCAAGUAUAGGCCUACUGUAUGUGUGUAUACAUGUGGCUGUUCGGAUCYGACAUCAAUCUCUGAUUCUGUAAACUUGAGUAAACAAA